UGUCUGCGCCCUUGUGGACAGAACGCCGAUCAUAAUUGUUAUUUUUUAAAGAACAAAAUGCAGCCGAUUCGGAGAAUGAUUACAUUAUGCCAAAGUUCACAAUGUCAGCAUGUAUUGAAAUUGACAUAUAAGCAUGGUAAUUGUCCCAGCAUUCAACAUCGGUUCUAUUGCACAGCUGGAGAAUAUAAGUAUAGAAAAUCGGCUUUGUUUGCCAAAAGACAACGUAAAGUGAAUCAAGAGAAUAUUCCAGUUGAACUUGACAUUGAUAUUGAAGAGAGGUUAAAGGUUAAAGGUCAACUUCUUUCUGAACUGUCAUCUAGGAACAUCCAUGAUAUAGAUGUUGAUCAGUUGGAAAGAGAUUACGAAAAUCUUAAAGAAUUGGAAAAAAGAGAAUUGGAAUUAGAAGGACAAAAACGAGAAUGUACAAAGAAAGUAGCAAUCCUUUUUCAAGCCAAGAAAGAAAAUGUAGAAUCUUCAGCUGACAUAGAGAAAGAGUUGAAAAAUGUGGUAGAGAUAGGAAGAAAAACUAAGAAACAAAUCAAAGAUUUAUUUCCUGAAGUGACCAGUACAGCAGAAAGAGUGGCUAUGACAUCACUUAAUUUACCUAACAGAUUGCAUCAAAAUACUCCUUUAUCAGAAGACAAAGUAGAAGAAAACUUUGGCAUUGAUACAGAUAAAUCAGAGUCUUUGUCACACAUAGAAAUUGGUGAAUUGUUUGAUUUAAUAAAAUUCAGUAAUGUAGGAAACAGAGCAUUUUAUUUUAAAGACAGUUUGGCUUUGCUGGAACACGCUUUAACAAAUUAUUUUUGUGAAGGAUUACGACAUGAUGGCUAUACACAACUCACAUGUCCAGAAUUUUUUAAAUCUCUGAUUGUGGAAGGUUGUGGAAUAGAGUCUGAGCAGGUUUUAAAGUUGAAACAAAGACCUGAGAAUCCUUCAGAUGACUACUUGGCAGGGAUGUCCAUAAUGUCUUUUAUUGCAUAUGUAGCAAAAAGUAGGAUAAACUUAACAAAUGAACCAUUAAAAUAUUUUUCUUGUGGGCGGAGCUACACACCAGAAACACAGAAUCAUAGUUCAGGACUAUUUCAUGCCACACAGUCAGUAAAGGUUAACAUGUUUUCUAUGUGUAGAGAUUGGGAAAUAUGUGACAGCUUACUUCAGACAGAGAAAAAUAAUUUAUGGAAUAUAUACAAACAGUUUAAUAUUCCAUGUAGACUAGUGACAAUAUCAUCACCAUUAUUACACAGGUCUGAGGAAAUGAGAAUUGAAAUUCAGUUUUGGGCCAAGUCUCUACAUAAAUAUUUAAAAGUCUCCUCCGUCUCCAUGGUGAGUGACUAUAUCAGCAGAAGACUAAUGACAAGGCAUUAUAAAGGAACAUUACCUGUUUAUAUGGUUCAUUGUGAGGCCCUAGAUGUUACCAGGUUAAUUGCCAUUUUAAUAGAAUAUGGUGCUAUACAACAGGAUACAUACAGUUUUCCUGAUCUGGAAUUCCUGGACAAAUACUGGAUACAUCCUAAAUGACAUUUAGAUAAAUAAAAAGUUGUUUUUAAGCUAUA